UUGUUGCAGUCACUGCCAGUUGCUUCUUGCUGGAAAGGCUGCGCCUGUAGGAAAGAAUCCAGGGGAAGUGGCAUUCUCUAGACUCUAUCUUUUCCAGUUGAAUUUGUGUCUUAUCAUGGAAUAUCCCCCUUGUGGCUGCUGAGAACCCAUCCUCCAACUGUCAGAAUAGGGAAGUGAGAGUAUAAAGUGUACUGGGAUAUGGUUGAUAAGCUUGCCUCUCCUUCCCACUGAGCACCCACCGAUAUCGUUUUCCUGGAAACACACCAUGAAAGAUUGUACACAAUGAGGGACCCUAAUCUGACGAUGGAUCAAAAAGCCUCGAGCAACCAGCAGUCGCUUGUUGCGCAGGGCGAGCAGCGCAAGACGCAGAAUAAAUCAGUGCGAGUCGCCUUCGGUCCGGAGCUGGAAACAUGGAUCCCCCCACGCGAUAAGUCGCCGGUGCCUCUCACAGGACACCACCGAUCCCUCACCAGCGUGGAACAACAGAAGCCAUCCAGUUUGACCACCAUCCCUCGCCCGACGAGCUCCGCCGGCGAGGGCCCUUCGGCUCCGGAGUCGAAUCAUCUGCAUACCUCCGAUCGCGCCUCGGAGGGUGGUCGACCGACGGCGACGCUGAAACGAACCAGAAGUGACUAUGGCCCGCGCGUAGGGGCUGACAAGCCGGUCGGCGCUGAAGAGGACGAGGAUUUCGCCAUGAGGCACGGUUGGCAGGAGGAGUACACCUCCAGCGAGUACCUCAAGAUCUUGCACUCGAAUUUUUACAUGUACUUUACUGAAAAGCGCCACGAGACGAAUGGCAUUCCAAGAGACCCUGUUGGGAGCUGGCCCAGCCAGGAUUGGCGGAUGAAGGAUCGGCUGAAGACUGUCUCGGCCGCUUUGGCAAUCUGUCUGAACAUCGGUGUUGAUCCCCCGGACGUGGUCAAGACGAACCCUUCCGCCAAACUCGAAUGUUGGGUCGACCCCACCUCGACCACGGGCGGCGGCCAGAAUAAGAUCAUGGAACAGAUCGGGAAGAAGCUGCAGGAGCAGUACGAGACCCUGAGCCUGCGCACUCGAUACAAACAGUACCUGGAUCCAUCGGUAGAUGAAACCAAAAAGUUUUGCAUCUCGUUACGCCGCAACGCCAAGGAUGAACGCGUCCUCUUUCAUUACAAUGGCCAUGGCGUCCCCCUGCCCACUCAGUCCGGAGAGAUCUGGGUUUUCAACAAAAACUACACCCAAUAUAUUCCUGUGUCCUUGUACGAUCUCCAGUCUUGGCUGGCUGGGCCGAGCCUUUUCGUUUUCGAUGUCUCGCAUGCGGGAAACAUUGUCCAAAAUUUCCACACCUUUGUGGAGAAGCACGAGAAAGAAAACGCCGAGGCAAAGAAACGCGACCCCAAUGCGGUGGUCCAAAGCUAUGCCGACUGCAUCCUGUUGGCCGCCUGCCAGAAGGCCGAGUCUCUUCCCACAAACCCGGAUCUUCCAGCCGAUCUCUUUACCUGUUGUCUGACUACCCCCAUUGAGAUCGCGUUGCGCUUUUUCGUUCUACAGAACCCGCUGGAUACAAAGCUUUCCAUUGACGAGUUCCGUGUUCCCGGCCGUUUACAGGACCGCAGAAGCCCCCUGGGUGAACUGAAUUGGAUUUUUACUGCCAUCACCGAUACGAUUGCCUGGAACACCUUGCCUCGCGCUCUCUUCAAGAAACUCUUCCGUCAAGAUCUCAUGGUCGCGGCCCUGUUUAGAAACUUCCUCCUCAGUGAACGCAUUAUGCGUACCUACAAGUGCCACCCGAUCUCUUCCCCCGAACUUCCAGAAACCCAUCACCAUUCUUUAUGGAAGAGCUGGGACUUGGCCGUCGAGAUGGUGCUGGCUCAACUGCCCGCCCUCAUCGACCAUGAGGAAGGCCGCAGACAGUACGAGUAUCAGCACUCUACAUUCUUCGCCGAACAACUUACAGCCUUUGAGGUCUAUCUCUCCUCGGGGCCCACAGAGAAGAACCCUCCGGAUCAGCUUCCGAUUGUCCUACAGGUGCUUCUCAGUCAAGCUCACCGAUUGCGAGCCCUGAUCCUGCUGAGCAAAUUCUUAGACCUUGGACCGUGGGCGGUGCACCUUGCCCUGAGCAUCGGCAUCUUCCCCUACGUGGUCAAGCUCCUCCAGUCCGCAGCCCAGGAGCUCAAGCCCGUCAUGGUCUUCAUCUGGGCGAGGAUCAUGGCAGUCGAUCACACGGUGCAAAGCGAUCUCUUGAAGGACAAUGGCAUCCACUACUUCAUCUCCAUCCUCAACCCUGCCUCGCCGAUCCCAGUGGGAAAUGCCAGUGAACACCGAGCCAUGUGCGCGUUCAUUGUUUCGAUCUUUUGCAAGAAUUACCCCCAAGGUCAGAAUGUCUGCUUGUCCGCCGAGCUCUUUGACUCGUGCUUGAAGCACCUGGUCGAUGUCGAGAACCCGCUGUUGCGGCAGUGGUCGUGCCUCUGUUUGAGCAUGCUCUGGCUGGACUUCCCAGAUGCGAAAUGGAUGGGAAUCCGGUGUGCUGCCCCGGCUCGCCUGUGCGAGCUGAACUUCGACCCCGUCCCGGAAGUUCGUGCAGCGAUGUUGCAUGCUGUGACCAACUUCCUGGGGAUCCCGGAUCUGACCGAUCAAGUUGCCCAGAUCGAAGAGUUCCUGGCCAUGGCGGUCUUGCCGAUGGCCUCCGAUGGCAGCGUCCUUGUCCGCAAGGAGCUGGUGGUGUUUUUCUCCACAUUCGUCAAACGCUACCAGAACAAAUUCCUUGUUGCGGCUUACGAAGAACUUCUAGAAGAAAAACAAGAACUGCUUGCCAAGCUUGACGGCGAGAAGAGUCUGACGAAAUCCGACGUCCGGUCAAAUGGCUCUGCCUCCCCUGCUCCUAAGCAUCAAUACUUGUCUCGCAACACCACUUUCGGGACGAUCUGGAAGCAGUUACUCAUCCUUUCCGUCGAUCCACACCCGGACAUUGCCCGCGAUGCCUGUCUUGUGGUUGACUUUGUUCACCAUACCCUCCUAGACUCCCCCAUGGCAUCCGUCACUAAUCAGGUUAGAAAUGAGAUUCUUGAGCUUACUGCCCGUAUCCCACAAAGGUUCCCCUUCCGCGAGAAACCCGAGGCCAAGCAACCGACGCCCCCGCAGCCGUCCCCGUCCCAGCAGCCGCAAAAGUCGGAAGGCUACAUCUCGUUGAGUCUCAAACGAACCGCCAGCGUUGCAGCAUCAUUGAAAAACCUAGCGUUCGGUGGCUCAUCUUCGACGGACAUCCAGUCCUCGUCGCCAUCGGCCGCAGUCCCCUCAAAGGCCCGAAUGCCCAUCACCCCCCGCGGACGAGCGCCUCCCGAAUGGACUCGUAACCCCGAGGUGAACGAUCAGAUAGCUCCCGCCACCGCGUAUCAUCAGGCCCCGCACCCCAAAUCUCACGGAUACGAGCCCAGAGAUUCAUCUGUGGCCCCCAUGAUACCGCUGAAAAGCAGGUUCUUGGACUGGUCCACUGAGUAUUUCCGCGAGCCCCAGAUGAAACCCAACGAGCCCGACGAACCCGGUAGUGCCGACUACAAUGAACGUCUCUGGAGACGUGGCCGCAACGAGAAGAUCAUCGCAGAGACCCAGCCCCUGAAGAGCAAGGCCGGAAGCAACCGAUGGGACCACUCGGUUGCCUUCCUGAACAACAACCAGCCGUCCAAGAUGUGUUUCCAUCAGUUCGAGGACCACCUGGCUGUAGCCGAUGACCGGGACACGGUUUUGAUCUGGGACUGGCAAAACCACAAGCGUUUGAACCGGUUUUCCAACGGCAAUCCGGUUGGUUCUAAGAUCAACGAGAUCCGCUACAUCAACGAGGACGAUCAAGCACUGCUGAUGACCGGCUCGUCCGACGGCGUCCUGAAGGUGUAUAAGAAUUACGAAUCCGCCAAGGAUGUCGAGAUCGUGACGGCGUUCAGGGCCCUCCCGGAAUUGAUUCCUAGCAACCGCAAUGCAGGGCUCGUGUUUGACUGGCAACAGGGUCAGGGCAAAGCGCUUGUCGCCGGGGAUGUCAAGGUGAUUCGUGUGUGGAAUGCCGCGACUGAAGUGUGCACGAAUGACAUCCCUGCGCGCUCUGGUUCAUGCAUCACGUCGCUGACCUCCGACCAAGUCGCGGGCAACAUCUUCGUGGCCGGGUUCGGCGACGGAGCGGUCCGAGUCUUUGACCAGCGCCUGAAGCCCACGACGGCCAUGGUGAAGGUGUGGCGCGAGCACAAGCAGUGGAUCACCAACGUCCACAUGCAACGCGGCGGGUUGCGAGAGUUGAUCUCGGGCAGUCGCAAUGGAGAGGUCCGACUGUGGGAUCUCCGCAUGAACGACCCCAUCUCCACCAUCAACGCAACCAAGGAUACCCUGCGCACAUUGAGUGUGCAUGAGCACGCCCCCGUCUUCAGCAUUGGCACCAACCGGCACGAGGUGAAAACCUUCAACGUCGACGGCACCUACCUCUCCACCUUUGAACCGUACUCGAGCUUCCUUCACCAUAACCGUUCCUCGCCCAUCGCUUGCACUGCCUUCCAUCCUCACCGGACCCUCCUCGCCUGCGCGGCGCUUAAUGAUCACCACGUCAACCUCAUCACAUGUUAACCUCUCUCUAUCAGUGUCAAGGCAGUUCCCUCUUCGUCUUCCCUCUUCGUCUUCCCCAUUCUAACUCUUUUCUUUCUUUUUAUUUCUCUCCACGGCUUUCUUACGAAUUGAUUGGUCUCGGCGCAGGAGCGGGCAGUGGACCCUUUGAUUACUCGGUUUGGCGUUUUUUUCUUCUUUUCUCUACUUCUCCUUGUCUUUACGCCGGUCAUCAUUGUGUCUAGCAUAUCCACAUCCUUUCUUCUAGCUUCAAAUGACCUUCCUACUUUCCUACCUUCCUACCCAUCUGCAC